AUGGACGGCUUGGCAUCUCUAAUGCUGGCAGCCGUGGGAGAAAUCUAUACAUGCACAAGAAUGAACUUGCAUGAGGAAUUGAAGAUGGCGAUAAUCAAGGAGUCAUUAGAGAUCAAUCAUUCAGGGCCAGAGGAAACUGAAGAAACUUCAUUUGGCACGUGUGUUUUUAACCUCAUCAACUCCACUAUGGGCAGUGGAAUUUUAGGACUUUCUUUUGCUCUGGCAAACACAGGAAUUCUAUUAUAUUUAAUUCUUUUGAUUUUAAUGGGAUUGAUGACUACUUAUUCAAUCUAUCUUAUGUUGCUCUCUGGAGUUAGAACAGGACUUAUGAAUUAUGAAGAGGUAGGUGAGAAACUCCUUGGCCUCAGAGGGAAGUAUUUUGUAUUUGUAACCAUCUUUCUCCAUAACCUAGGAGGUAUAUUGAGUUAUCUUUUUAUAAUAAAAGAGGAAACACCUAGUAUUAUAAAAGCUAUUAUUGGAAAGGAUGAAACAUUUUUAGCAUGGUAUUUGGAUGAACGAUUGUUAAUUAUAGUCGUUACAAUUAUUUUUAUUUUUCCUCUCUGUCUCCUGAAGACAUUAGGAUAUCUUGGCUAUCCCAGUUCAAUUUCUGUGGUUUGCAUGAUGUUCUUUCUCAUGGUGGUAAUAAUCAAGAAAUUUCAAAUUAGUUGCUCCUGGAUAGGAAAAGAACCAUCAGGAAGUGAGGAAUCCUGUGAGGCAAAAUUUUUUGUAAUAAACACAAAGUCUGUUUAUGCUUUACCCACUAUUGCAUUUUCAUUUGUCUGCCAUCAAGUAAUCUACCCAAUUUACAGUGAACUUGAAAGGGCUUCACUGAAAAGAAUGAUGUUGGUUACUUAUGUUUCACUUGGAAUAGUAUUUUUAAUUUAUUUAACAUCUUCUGUCUUUGGCUACCUAACAUUCUAUGACCAUGUACAUCCAAAUCUACUUAAUACAUACCAUGGUGAAGAUAGUUUCAUCCUAUUAGUACGAAUGGCAGUAUCACUGGCAAUCAUCUUCACAGUUCCAAUGUUAUACAUCACUAGUCGUAACUCUCUAAAUCAGAUGGUUGAGGAAAGAGGGUUCAAUUUUCCUGAGCGUAUGCUUAUUGCUGCGGUAACCUUAUCUCUUUGUGUCCUUCUGGUAAUCUUAAUACCAAGCUUAAAAGAUAUUUUUGGAGUGCUAGGAGCAACAACUGCCAACAUGAUGAUCUUCAUUAUUCCUUCAAUUCUGUUUUUUAAAGUAGCAAACUCGAAAAAUGACAGAUACAGUCGAAAACUUGUGGCCUUUUUCUUACUAUCAGGAAUUAUAAUCAGCUUAUUCACCAUUCCUUUAGUCAUCUAUGACUGGGCAACUUCUGAAGAA